CUGACAGCAAUUAUUGAUCUUUACCUUUAGUAUUCUAUUAAAAAUUGUUACAAGACAGUACUAUUAUACAUCGAAUUUCUUUUCUUCCAUCGUUCUCUUUGUUGGCAACAAUGUCCAACGGUGCUGAAGGUUGAUGUCUGUGUAUUAGCGCUGUGUAUGGUAAAGACGUAGACGACGCCCUGCCACCACGCGAUUUCCUAACCAUCCUGGAAUGCAAUAACAUGACUAGUAAUGGAUUUGAGCAUUCCGUGAAGGUACCAAGAUUGUAUAAGAUCGUGAAGAACAUCGUGCAGAAAGUACAGGAGGAAGGUGCCAGUCUGAAGCAGUUGGUAUAUGAGAAUAAACAUCCUAAUAUUCGUGGGUUGUAUGCUCUGGCAUUGACCACUCUUCAGAAUGGCUCUCAUUUGGAUCACCUCAUUCGGAGCACUCGAAUCUUAUUUGAAGAGCCUCGCCUUGAUCCCUGGCUUGCGAGGGUUCUCAUUACUGAGUUAUUGUGGGGAAAGCAGCGCUUACAAUCUGAAUCUAAACCUGUGAAAACAAUUCUUUUGUACCAAACUAAAUUGCAAAAAUAUCUGAAAGAAAUUGUUCUUUCAAGUCCAUCAGUAUUCAAGAAAGUGGAUAAACCGCGCUAUGUACGCGUCAAUACUCUUUAUAUGAGUGUAAGUGAUGUCAUUUCGGCAUUUGCCGAGGAAGGAUGGAAUAUAUUACCCAAAUCGGCCAAUUACGAUCAGUUUAUUGAGAGCAUCUCGAAUCUGACCGAACCAAAUUUUGUAAGGGACAUACAUAUUCCUGAGUUACUCAUUUUUCCAUCGGGAACACCUUUCCACGAUCAUGAGGCCUAUAACAAGGGAGCCAUAGUUCUUCAAGAUAAGGCCAGUUGUUUUCCUGCUUUUCUACUUGGAGCUACUCCUGGAUCUGUCGUAAUGGAUAUGUGCGCGGCACCUGGAAUGAAGACAACCCAUUUAGCAGCUAUUCUGCAAAACAAGGGAAAAAUUUACGCAGUCGAACGCGACUUGAGGAGAUAUGAAACUCUUCGAAAGAUGCUGGAAGCAACGAAAUGUUCCUGUGUUGAAAGUAUCAAUGCAGACGUAAUCACAAUAGAUUCCAGCAAGUGUCCUGAUGUCGAAUAUAUCCUCGUCGAUCCCAGUUGUUCUGGAUCAGGAAUGACUGACAGACUUGAAGUGGAUGGUGUCAAACAGGCAAAGUGUGCACCAGCUCGUAUAAAGAGUCUUCAAUCAUUUCAAGUAUUAAUUUUAAGACACGCCCUUUUGAAUUUUCCCAAAGCCAAACGAAUUGUGUACUCCACUUGUUCUAUCUAUCCGGAAGAGAACGAGCAGGUUGUAGAUGAAGUUCUUUCUACCGUCGGAGAUGCUUACAGACUUGUACCAGUUGGCACGAUCCUCGAUGGGAAUUGGCGAAAUUUUAGCUCUAAGGAUUAUGCGUGCGAGGAUAAAUGUCUUUAUGCUCGAUCUGAGACUGAUAUGACGAAUGGGUUCUUUGUUGCGAUAUUCGAGAGAAAUUUUGAAGUUCCUUUACCGGAGUCUGGACGAAAAAAGAAGAAGAUUGAGCUCCACGAAGAAAACAAAGGCAGCGUAAGUAGCGAAAAGGAGAAGAAGAAGAAGCAAAAGAAAAAAAGAAGAAAUGCGGAGGAGUCAGAAUCUGUACCAAAUGUGGAUCCUGUACCAAAAGACACGUCCAACGCAAGUGACGCAAUGACUGUCGAUAAUAGUACAGACAGUGCAAUGUACAGAAAAGAAAAAAAGAAGAAUAGAAAAAAAAGAAAAAGAACUGCUGAUACAAAUUUUACUACUAUAAACGAAGACUCUACGACGUAAGAUGAGCUACCUGCAAAUUACAUGAUGACCAUCAUUAUCGUAAUUAACGAAUCAAAGAAAUCGUAGGACAAUGUACGUUUCUAAUAAACUAUACAUUUUUUGACUUUACUAUACCGCA